UUCACCAUCAAUGGUGGUUGUUUAUUCCAAAUUCUCUGCUGGAAAUUGGAAGAUCAGACGCACACACACUUUUUUUUUACCUGGACCCUGCAACCGAAUUGACCUGCCAGGUUUUUACAGUGCAGGCAGCUCAACAGCGCCACGUAGAUCGGUCAGUCAGUACCACGCGCGCCGCCGGCGACGACCAGCUUCUCCGCGGGGAUGGCGGCUCCGGCGGGGCACACGAGGCUGGCCUACUUCGAGGACAUGUGGGCCCUCCGCGCCCCCGCCACCGUCCUCUCCCUCCAUCAGGAGGAGGGCGGCCGGCGAGCGGUGGUGCUGGACGCCACCGUCUUCCACCCGCAGGGCGGCGGCCAGCCGGCCGACACGGGCGUCAUCGUCUCCGCGUCCGGCGGCGCCAGGUUCCUCGUCGAGGACGUGCGCGUCAAGGAUGGGGUGGUCUUCCACUAUGGUAGAUUUGAGGAUGCUGCUGCUGGAGAUGGAUGUGGAGCAGAGUUCACCAAAGGGCAGAGUGUUACCUUGGAAGUCGAUGCGGAACGGCGCAAACUCAACUCCAGGCUUCACUCUGCAGGUCAUUUACUGGACAGUUGUAUGACCAACCUUGGCCUUCAUCUGGAACCUGGGAAAGGAUAUCACUUUCCUGAUGGGCCUUCCGUUGAGUAUAAGGGAGUUGUUCCAGCAGAUCAGUUACAGGAUAAGAAAAUCCAGUUGGAAAAGGAGGCGAAUGAACUGAUUUUGAAAGGAAGCAAGGUUUUGGUCUCUGUUUUUCCUUAUGAGGAGGCGGCUAAGUUAUGUGGAGGUGCUCUGCCUAGCUACAUUUCACAAGACAGCACUCCCCGCAUUGUGAAAUUUGGUGACUAUCCUGGUUGUCCUUGUGGAGGCACUCAUGUAGCUGAUAUCGCAGACAUCGGCAACCUAAAGGUCACAAAUAUACGGGUCAAGAAAGGCGUGACUAAAGUCUCCUACAGCAUCAACCCGUAAUUUUUUCUGCGCAACUCUCGCACCCAGAAUUUGUCAGAGUAGAGGAAGGAUAAUUAUCUAGAGAAUCAGAAGGCUAGCAUCAUCGUUUUUCGUAAAUUUAGUUUUGUGCGACGACACUAAAUAUCUAGAGGACAAAAUAGAUGGUUACAUUAUACUAUUUGAAAAGGUACUAGUAGAUCUAUAAAUAUAUGGUGAUGUAUACUGUCUCCUCUUGUGCCGCGGUAGAUUGUCGGAAAGGCUGAUUUGCAGAUCAGAUGUUCACCUGCUCAGGCUAUCCUGCCCUCUCCUUAUCCGUUGAGAUAUAUAUGUCACAACUCUUGAUAUCUUUUGAAUGUGUGAAAUACUGUAUACCGUUAGGUAUUUGCUUUA